GGAGCUGAGGGGAGAAUCUCUUUCAGUUUUCCGCUAUGGCUUCUUCAGGCUCGGAGGGAAUUGAGGAUAAGACUGAAGAAGCCGAACAGCUGCAGGAUGAGGAGGAUUUGAGGAUCUCUCCGGCGGAGGAAAUGCCGGCUGACGGGCCUGGAGACGAGGAGCCGGAGCAGCUGUUGUUACCCUGGGAUCGCUUCUCCGCCUGGCUCCACUGUAUCUGUGUGGUCGGCUUUGACCUGGAGCUUGGUCAGGCUGUCGAGGUUAUAUAUCCUCAUCAUUCAAAACUUACCGAGAAGGAGAAAACCAGCAUCUGCUACUUGUCGUUCCCGGAUUCCAACUCUGGCUGCCUAGGGGACACGCAAUUCUGCUUCCGUUUUCGGCAGGCCUCGGGCAGGAAGUCGUCGCUCGGAUGUUUUCUCGACCACGUUGACAGAGAUGCACCAGUUUGCCUCAAGAAAGACCAGGGCCAUUUCUAUGGUUAUGUCUACUUCAGACAAGUUCGAGAUAAAACGCUAAAGAGGGGCUACUUCCAGAAGUCUCUGGUUCUCAUCAGCAAACUACCAUAUGUCACAUUCUUUCACUCACUCCUGAAGCUCAUUGCCCCUGAAUAUUUUGAGAAACAGGAGCCCUGUUUAGAAGCUGCUUGCAACGAUAUUGAUCGAUGGCCAACACCAUGUCCAGGGAAGACCUUAUUUCUUCCAAUAAUGGGAGUGGUCAUGACGCUGCGUAUACCGACGUGCUACGACAAGCCGGGCACCUCACAGCUCGUGCAGUCCACAUCGAGUGACAGUCUAGUAUCUGUCGUCCUUCCUACAAUCCAUGAAGUGGAUCUGUUCAGGUGUUUCUACCCUGUCUUCUUUCACAUCCAGAUGUUAUGGGAGCUGGUACUCUUGGGCGAAGCACUGGUUGUAAUGGCACCAUCACCAGCAGAGUCUUCUGAGACCGUGCUGGCAUUAGUCAGUUGUAUCGCCCCACUGCGUUACUGCAGUGACUUCCGGCCCUACUUCACCAUCCAUGACAGCGAGUUCAAGGAGUACACAACCCGAACCCAAGCUCCGCCAUCUGUGAUUCUGGGUGUAACAAAUCCUUUCUUCGCUAAAACUCUUCAGCACUGGCCCCACAUCAUCCGCAUCGGGGAUAUGAAGCAAACAGGAGAGCUGGCUAAACAGAUGAAGGUGAAGAAAUUAAAGAAUUUAAAGACAUUGGAUUCCAAAACAGGUGUUUAUACUGCAUAUAAGCCAUUCCUGAACAAAGAUGAGGACAUCAUCAAACAGCUGCAGAAGGGAGUUCAACAGAAACGUCCCUCGGAGGCCCAGAAUGCCAUUUUGAGACGAUACUUCUUGGAAUUAACACAGAGUUUUAUCAUUCCUUUGGAGCGCUAUGUGGCAAGCUUAAUGCCUUUACAGAAGAGCAUCUCCCCAUGGAAAAGUCCCCCUCAGCUGAAACCGUUUUUACAGGAGGAAUUUAUGAAGAGACUGGAAAAGGCCGGCCCCCAACUAACAUCCCGCCUCAAAGGAGACUGGAUCGGCCUUUAUAGGCAAUUUCUAAAGUCACCAAACUUUGAUGGCUGGUUCAGGAACCGCAGGAAAGAAAUGACACAGAAACUUGAAGCUCUUCAUCUUGAAUCUCUUUGUGAUGAGGAUCUUCAGCUGCGAGUUCAAAAACACACAGAAGUGGAGGUGGUCGAUCUCGUCCUCAAGCUAAAGGAUAAAAUGACCCAAGCCGAGCGGGAGCACCUGCCGGUGACACCAGGGACGCUGACCAGACUUCAGUCCCACAUCGAGUCCAUUAUUCUAUCUCUUCCAGAGGACCUGCAGGGCAUCCUGCACAAACCUACCACUCCCUGACCCUAACUAAAACUCUAACUCGUUAACAAUGACAAGAGGAAAAACGGAGCUUGACUCGUGUUCGCAUGGGAGUUUAGAACUGCUAUUGAUACACUCGUCACCAGCCGUGAGAGCAAAUUAACCAGCUCUACUUUAAAGUGCAAUUGUUCGGAGUGCCCAGGAGGGGUGCAAUGCUGGCAUUGCCGUAACCCAGAGAAGCAGAAAUGACCCGAUCACAUUUGCUACACCGUAUGUUAAGUAUGGUGAAUGGGGAGGUGGGAAACGGUUGUAUUGCUCACUGUCUGUCUCACUGUGUGAGGAUUUUUUUAUUUUUUUAAACAUGGCUGCUUGUAGGCGUGAUUAAAACCUUGCCUCUGUUUUUGUAAAUAGCCAAUUAUGUUAUUAAUUCUACAGGGCAGGGAAUUAGCCUAGGCCCAAGGCUAAAUGUUUUCAGCUCCUAGUCCUUCCAAUUCGGCUCCCUUUGACUGCCUAUUCUUCCUGAUUAAGUUGGUCUGCAAAACUGACACAAUGACGAUGCACUGGUUAGGUAGCAAAAACUGAAAGGAGGAGAAAGUGUUUAUGAUAAUUAUUCAAAUGUAUUUAAGUCGUAAGGCGUUUUAGAUGAGGAACUCUAACAGCACAUACAUACCCAACAAACAAUAAUGAUUAGUUUUACUUUAUUUUAGAGCAAAUGUAGAUGUUUGGCAUAAUAUCAUAAAUGUGGUGCAUAUAUUUACAUCUAACGUGUCUGGGUGGCAUAGAGGUCUUUUAUGGCAGUCCAGCACCGCUGAGAUCUGGCUUUACACUAAGAUGAUUGGUUAUGUCUGAGGUAGUGACUUAAGCCCUGCGUUGUACUGGCACCCUCUCCACGGUGUUCCUGCUUGCGCCCAGUGUUUGUGUGUGCCGAGACCCUGACCAGGAAAAAGCAUUUGAUGAAAAUAAAUGAAAACCAUUUAUUUUAACUGCAUUGUUUUCAUUAGAUGUGUAAAAAUGAACACGCAUUAAUGUUCUGUUAUUGAUACAGGUAUUCCAAUACAAUGCAAUACAUGUUAUAAACUGAAUACAGUCUGUGGUAUCCCAAGAACUCUGAUGCAUCACAAAUUCAAGAAACUUCAGAUAUAAAGUUGAACAUGCACACAUAUUGGAAAUUCUGCUUUUGUGUUUUAUGCAGUGUCCCAGUACUUACGUUUACACUUUUUACAAUUUGGGACAGUGCCUGUUUUAAUGUGUUUACACUCGGUUGCUUUAUAAAUCAUUUGAGUAUUAGGUUAGAGAAUAUCCACAUACAAGUAUAUAAAUAACUAAACUUUUAGGGAAUAUUACAUUACAACAUUACAUGGUGUAGAACUGCUAAAGUUGCUGCCUCUUUAGAAAAUUUAAGAAUGUUGAUUUUAAGGUGAUAACCUGAUUUGCAAAGCUAAUUUUGGAUGAGCUCAAUUGUCAAAUUACACUGCCCGUGGCCCUUUUGUGAUUGAAUCGGCUUUUGUUAAGUUUGUUGUUGUUGUUGUGAUGUUCCACAUCUAAGAUGCUGUGUGUGUUAUUGACACAUAUGGCAAAGCUGUGGCAGUCAAGCGGCCACUUCACUCACGCCACAAAUAUGAUAGCAUGGGUAUAACCGCUCUAAUAGGCAAGUGGAGUCAUUCAGCCAUUACAUUUACGGCAUUUAGCAGAUGCUUUUAUCCAAAGUGACUUACACUUGUAACUAAUUACAAUGUAAGCAAUUGAGGAAUAAGCGCCUCGUUUAGGCCUUGAUCACUAGUCCAAUAAGUCCAAUAAAGCUGCCAGAUUAAUGAUUGCAAAUAAUUCUAAAAAGUUUAUCUGUCCAAAUUUGCUUUAGCAACUCCUUUAAAUCUGUUUGGGAAGAUUACAUGGUUCAAAUUGCUGUAUGUUGGUCUCUAGUGGGCACAGUAAAUAAUGGAAAAGUUUUGCACUGGACUGGCCAAGCCAGUUUACAGAUGGAAUAUGUCUAGCUCAUUCAAAAUCAUCAUGAGAACGUAAAGAUUUUUCACCAAAUAACAACUUUAAGAAUGAUUUCAAAAUGUUUUUUUAAGGAUAACUUAUGUUUAGCAUUCUGAAUGCUAUCUUUUAUUGUGUGCCUUGUAGGAAGUAAAACAUUGAUAUGACCAAAGAUAUUGUCCACUCAUGCCAUCUGUAUUUUUUUUUUAAUGGGUGAAUCAUCGACUGAUAUCUGCCGGAGUAAAGAACCUUGUCAAAGAGUCAGAACUGAGCUCAGCCGGCUGGUUUAAAAUAAAGGCUCAAUACUUGGUUGAAAAGAUGUUAAUUUUAAACUGAAACAGCUAACUGUGCUAUAAUCCUGAGCCAAUCACUGGUCAACCAGUUAAAAAUUCCAGCUUGCUGGGCAACUGCUUGUGUUUUAUACUCGCAAAGGCGCUAAUUUUAACAUGCUUGAAUUUUAUAUAAAAGUAAAUUCAUAUUCUAUUAUACUGUUGUCCCUAACACGCACGCCCAGUGAAGAGUAUUUUGUAACUGGUAUUUUUGAUCAUGAUAGUUUCUAUAGGAAGUUCAUGUACAGUUAGUGAUGUAAUAAUAAUGUCAUAAAAGGGGCAAAUGCGGUUCUAAAAACAAUGUACAGGGAAGCACAGAUAAAACACACUGCACCUAGUCUGUUAUUUUGGCAUUAAUAUUUUUCUAUCAGAGACUUAACCACUAACAGUUUUCCUCUCUCAUUGUGUAAUGUUUCGUACUGACAACAGAUCACGAUUAUGAAGUUGUUUUUAACUGUAAAUAAACAUCCAGAAUUGUA